AUGGACCUGGCUUACAUCUGUGAGUGGGAGAAAUGGCCCAAGAGCACCCACUGCCCUUCGGGUCCCCUAGCCUGCACCUGGUCCUGCCGCAACCUCAUCGCCUUCACCACGGACCUGCGCAGCGAUGACCAGGACCUGACCCGCAUGAUCCACAUCCUGGACACUGAGCAUCCCUGGGACGUGCACUCCAUCCGCUCAGAGCACAGCGAGGCCAUCACCUGCCUGGAGUGGGACCAGUCCGGCUCGCGUCUGCUGUCAGCUGAUGCUGAUGGGCAGAUCAAGUGCUGGAGCAUGGCUGACCACCUGGCCAACAGCUGGGAGAGCCCCGUGGGCAGCGUGGUGGAAGGGGACCCCAUCGUGGCCUUGUCCUGGCUGCACAACGGCGUGAAACUGGCCCUGCACGUGGAAAAGUCUGGUGCCUCCAGCUUCGGGGAAAAGUUCUCCCGCGUCAAGUUCUCACCAUCGCUCACACUGUUCGGGGGCAAGCCCAUGGAGGGCUGGAUCGCUGUCACGGUCAGCGGCCUGGUCACUGUGUCCCUGCUCAAGCCCAGCGGGCAGGUGCUCACCUCGACUGAGAGCCUGUGCCGGCUGCGCGGCCGCGUGGCUCUGGCCGACAUCGCCUUCACAGGUGGUGGCAACAUCGUGGUGGCCACAGCGGAUGGCAGCAGCGCAUCACCGGUGCAGCUGUACAAGGUGUGCGUGAGCGUGGUCAACGAGAAGUGCCGCAUCGACACCGAGCUCCUGCCCUCGCUCUUCAUGCGCUGCACCACUGAUCUCAGCCGCCGCGACCGGCUGCCCGCCAUCACCCACCUCAAGUUCCUGGCCCGCGACAUGUCAGAGCAGGUGCUGCUGUGUGCAUCCAGCCAGACGAGCAGUGUGGUGGAGUGUUGGUCACUGCGCAAGGAGGGGCUCCCUGUGAAUAAUAUUUUCCAGCAGCUCUCACCGGCUGUUGGCGACAAACAGCCCACAAUUCUCAAAUGGCGGAUUCUCUCGGCCACCAAUGACCUGGACCGUGUGUCUGCUGUGGCGCUGCCCAAACUGCCCAUCUCGCUCACCAACACUGACCUGAAAGUGGCCAGUGACACCCAGUUCUACCCUGGCCUCGGGCUGGCCCUGGCCUUCCACGACGGCAGUGUCCACAUCGUGCACCGGCUCUCGCUGCAGACCAUGGCCAUCUUCUACAGCUCCGCCGCCCCGCGCCCCGUGGACGAGCCGGCUCUCAAGCGCCCCCGGACCACAGGCCCCGCCGUCCACUUCAAGGCCAUGCAACUCUCCUGGACCUCCCUGGCCCUCGUGGGCAUUGACAACCACGGCAGGCUGAGCAUGUUACGUAUCUCGCCAUCCAUGGGCCACUCACUGGAUGUGGGGCUGGCCCUGCGGCACCUGCUCUUCCUGCUGGAGUACUGCAUGGUGACCGGCUACGACUGGUGGGACAUCCUGCUGCACGUGCAGCCCGGCAUGGUGCAGAGCCUGGUGGAGAAGCUGCACGAGGAGUACACGCGCCAGAAGGCCGAGCUGCAGCAGGUCCUGUCCACCCGGAUCCUGGCCAUGAAAGCCUCACUGUGCAAGCUGUCUCCCUGCACGGUGACUCGCGUAUGCGACUACCACGCAAAGCUUUUCCUCAUCGCCAUCAGCUCCACGCUCAAGUCACUGCUGCGCCCGCACGUGCUCAACACACCUGACAAAAGUCCUGGCGACCGGCUGACCGAAAUCUGUGCCAAGAUCACAGACGUUGACAUUGACAAGGUCAUGAUCAACCUCAAGACGGAAGAGUUCGUUCUGGACAUGAACACGCUCCAGGCACUGCAGCAGCUCCUGCAGUGGGUGGGCGACUUUGUGCUCUACCUCCUGGCCAGUUUGCCCAACCAGGGCUCCCCGCUGCGACCAGGCCACAGUUUCCUGCGGGAUGGCACGUCACUGGGCAUGCUGCGAGAGCUGAUGGUUGUCAUCCGCAUCUGGGGCCUGCUGAAGCCCAGCUGCCUGCCUGUGUACACAGCUACCUCAGACACUCAGGACAGCAUGUCCCUGCUCUUUCGCCUGCUCACCAAGCUCUGGAUCUGCUGUCGUGACGAGGGUCCCACAAGUGAGCCAGAUGAGGCGCUGGUGGAUGAGUGCUGUCUGCUGCCCAGCCAGCUACUCAUCCCCAGCCUUGACUGGCUGCCUGUGAGUGACGGACUGGUCAGUCGCCUGCAGCCCAAGCAGCCCCUGCGCCUGCACUUUGGCAAGGCCCCUGCUCUGCCUGGUGGCUCCACCGGCCUGCAGCUGGACGGCCUCAUCAGGGCGCCUGGCCAGCCCAAGAUGGACCACUUGCGGAGACUGCACCUGGGCGCCUACCCCACGGAGGCCUGCAAGGCCUGUACCAGGUGCGGUUGCGUCACCAUGCUCAAGUCACCCAACAAGACCACCGCUGUCAAGCAGUGGGAACAGCGCUGGAUCAAGAACUGCCUGUGUGGGGGGCUCUGGUGGCGCAUGCCCCACAGCUACCCCUGA